AUGUCUCAUAUACCCCAUUACGUUAAGGCGUCUAGAUGGUACGAGAACAAAGGAGAGACUCAUGAUUUCAAAGCUGAGGGGGAUGAACUGAUAGAUCAAGGUGAAGCUACAGUGGGGAAGGGUAUCAUCAACGAAGAACUGUGGGCUACAAAGCGAGAUAAGUGGUUAAAUUAUGACUUGGAGCAGUGGGAGAAAACAUUGAAAUCAUGGCGGGAUCGUGAUACAGCAGGGGUGGCUGACGAUUCUGAUGAUACUGACUACGAGCUUGAAUUAAUCGAAUUAGGGCUUACGGUUGAGGACUUCAAAACCAAUAUCAAACGGAAUUCAACGGAGCAGAUCAUGCGCGACCGCAGCGAUAUCGCCGCGUAUAUUCAUAAUAUAUCGGCUAAAGCUGAUGGCAAAAUACAACUCAAGUACGAUCCCAAGACUCGCACAAUCAUUAGCGGGGGUGAAGGCGUCUUCGCGUCUGAGAGCGAAUUCGCCAAAGGAAAUGGUGAUGAGGCCGUCUUUUCGUGGGAAAAACGAGAUCAGGUUCCAAAAGAGAUCUCCAACGAUCAUGCCGCGAAAUUAAUGAUGGAACAAGUCACACGAAGGCAAAAUCAAAGGGCAAGUAAGCAACACGAAAAGAGGCGGAAAAUCCUGCGCAUAGAGUAA